GUAUCAAUUUCUAGGAACCCAAAUAUUCCAAAGUGCUCUCACCAACUCUUAUCCACUUCUCUAAAAUAAAUAACAUCCUCAACCCAAUUCUCUUCUUCAAUAUCCACAUUUCAUCUUUAACAUAUUUUCAAUUUCAAAACGAAUCAAAUAAAAUGGCCAUUCUUCUUGAUGAUGAAGCCCCUAUUCAUGGAGAUGUAUUAGAGACUAUUCUUUCACACGUGCCACUUGUCGACUUAGUUCCUUCUUCCUGCGUCUCAAAAUCAUGGAGCCGAGCCGUUAAUUCUUCUCUCCGAUGCUUCAAUAAGCCGAAGCCGUGGCUUAUUAUCCACACUCAAUGCACUCGGUCACCUUAUGAUAUUUCUGUACGCGCUUAUGAUCCUAGGUCACACGUGUGGGUCGAGAUAUCUCAACCAUCCAUUAAGUACGUCUCCGCCCUUCGAUCAUCUCAUUCGAAUUUACUCUACAUGCUUUCUCCGUCGAAGCUAUCGUUCUCGUACGACGCGAUGAAUCUCACGUGGCAUCACGUAGAUGCACCGCGCGUGUGGAGGACUGAUCCUAUCGUGGCACAUGUAGGUGGCUCCGUUAUUAUAGCCGGUGGCACAUGCGACUUUGAAGACGAUCCUUUAGCCGUUGAAAUCUAUAAUAUGGAAUCAUGCAGUUGGGAAACGUGUGAAUCAAUGCCGGCAAUACUCAAAGACUCUGCAGCUUCUACGUGGUUGUCAAUCGCUACCACCGCCGAUAAACUCGUAGUCGCCGAGAAAUUCACCGGCGUUACUUACUGCUUCGAUCCGAAAACUAAGAAUUGGUCAGGUCCGUACGAACUAAGGCCAGAUCCACGUAUUUUUCACUCGAUUAUCGGGUUUGCAAACGACCGUUUGAUCCUAAUUGGAAUGAUCGGAGACUCUGAAAAUGUCGCCGGAGUUAAAAUUUGGAAAGUGAACACGGAGAAUUUUGAGUGUGAGGAAUUGGGGGAAAUGCCGGCGCCGUUAAUUCAGAAGGUUAAGAGUGAAACAUUUGGGGUUUCUUCGAUCAGUAUUUGUUUAGCUGGAGAUUAUGCCUACAUGAGCAAGUCGUCGGAGAUGGCGGAGGAGAUAGUGGGUUGUGAGUUCAAAAGCGACGGCGGAUUACGGUGGUGGAGCAUGAAAAAUGAGGCUGCCGGCGACGGAAGUAGAUCGGAGAGAGUGGUGUUUACUUGUUCUGUUAUUGGAUUAAGUGAUUUGCAACGAGCAAUGUCAUCGGAAAAUCGGAAAUUUGCUGUCAAAUUGUGAAAAAAAUUUGACGUAUGGACAAAACUAUUUAUUUUGCUAUUUUUAUAUUAAAUGUUAUCUUUUACUUUCUUUUUUUUAAUUUAAAAAUUGUUGCUACCAACUAUUGUUGAAUUAAUUAAUUAAUUAAAGAGGAGUAUUUGAUCAUUUGGGUAA